UGCUUGUUUACGAAAUCCGCUGUUUAAGAUGGCGAUGUCCAUGUGGAACGUUUACGCGGGAACGAUAAUACUGUGUCAUGUGAUAAGACUUGUGGGACUUGAGAUUUAAGAUCCGAUUGUGUUUAAGACGCGUAUUAGGCUGUAAGUUAAUGGCACUUUAGACUGAUAUAUACGAGAGAUACAUGCAGAGCCGGUUCGAGUAAUUCGAGCGAAUUACACGCAAACAUGAAGAAGCGUCAAUUAUCACAGAAAAAGAUCUCUGCCGCCGAUGUCAUCGGUAAAUCACAGACAAAGAUAUCAUCGUUCUUUAUGAAAGUUCCAAAGACGGCGGCGAGCGACGAUAAGAUUGUGUCAGAUGUAAAUUCCUUAUCUCAGGCUUCGAUCGAGAAAAAAAGGAAGGAACGGGAUAAUGCGUUCGACGAGGAAUUCCGCGUGAGCGCCAAGAAGAAACGUAAUGCGAGCGAAGAACCGUUGAAAGAACAUCAUGCUGCAGGGGCAGAAAAUUUCGAAUCGCAGGAGGAUUCAGUAUUGUUGUCCGCGUUGAAAGACCUCGAGGAACCGUACAGUAGUUUUAAGGAAAAUCGAGUGGCAUGCGAGGAUACGGUGUUACAGAAAACUAACAAAAAGGAAAAUUUCGAAUCGCAGGAGGAUUCAGUAUUGUUGUCCGCGUUGAAAGACCUCGAGGAACCGUACAGUAGGUUUAAGGAAAAUCGAGUGGCAUGCGAGGAUGCGGUGUUACAGAAAACUAACAAAAAGGAGGAAGACGCUGCGGCGAAGAGCGAGCAGAAUGGGAGUGCUUUACCAAAUUCUGCCGGUAUUAAAGGUACGAACGUUUCGGACGUCACUCAUGUUCUUAAGGAGCAAGACCUGAACACCGUUGCCCCAAAGUCGUCCCUGUCCACGCUGGAGAUGACCAGGCAGAGGAGAGAUAAGGUGCACGAUUUAAAAAAAGCGGAAGAUGCCUUCGAAGAUUUUUCAACGAUGAUGAACGGGGACGAGCUCGAUGACUUCUUCGAUCAGGAGUGGCAUCCGCAGGUCGACCUCACCACCCUGCAGAGGUGUAAGAUAGUCGACGUGAGGCACGAGUCGAGAGUCACCGUACUGACGGUGCAGCACCUCGAGUCCGAGAACAUCGACACCGUUGCAUGUUCGGGAUUUUGGAAGGACGCGCGAGUGAGGGUCAACGACACCGUCACGAUACAGGCCGCGAGGGAUGGCUCGCGGCGGUGGAUUGUGGAUGACAAGAACGGUUUCCUCGUCACGCAGCCCGACCUGUUGAUAUCGGGCACGACGGUGACCGGGGGUUUAUUUUGCAGAAGGCGCGCGGUGCUGGCCGAGAAGUUCCGGAAGAUAGAGUCGCUGCCGAAUUUGCACGGCGAUUAUUCCGUGAUGACCGUGGGAUCGCUGGUUCAUCAGUGGCUGCAGAAGGCACUGCGCGAGAACAUCUGCGUGCUGUCCGACGUGAUCAGGCUGCUGGACGAUAUACUGCGAUCGAAGGACACGCUGGACUAUCUCUACGCGUCGGAGCUGUCGCUCGUGGAGUGCCGGAAGCGCAUGAUGGAGUACGCACCGAGAAUUUUCGAGUUCAUUCAGCAUUACGUCAGGGGUAACAGGCAGCGGCGCAUAAGCGAUCUGAGGGACAACUUUCGGGGUAGCAUCGACAGCGUGCGGGACAUCGAGGAGAGCGUUUACAUACCGAAGCUCGGCAUAAAGGGGAGGAUAGACGUGACGGCGGAGGUGAAUAUCGACUCGAGGCGGAAGAUCAUGCCGCUGGAGGUGAAAACCGGAAGGGCCUCCUACUCGCUCGAGCACAAGGGCCAGGUUAUUCUCUAUCUCAUGAUGAUGGGCUUCAGGGAUCGCGACAUCGACACCGGGCUUCUGUUGUAUCUGAAGGAAAAUACGAUGCGGGAAAUUAGGAGCGGGCAUAACGAGAAGAGGGACUUGAUACUGCUGCGGAAUACCCUGGCGCAUUACUUCGCCAGGAAGCCGGAAGACCUGCAGGGCGUAGACACGGCGGCGGACCUGAGGGCGAUGGAGCUGCCCGAGCCGAUAAAUCAUCACAGCGCGUGCGACAGUUGUCCCUAUCGGAAUCUGUGCUGCGCGUAUCUGGCGAGGGACGCGAACGCGAAUCUGUCGCCGUCGCAUCCGCUGACGGCGCUAAUCAAGGAGCUGCGGGACAGCGUCGAGACCAGGCAUUUGGAUUACGUUAUGAAGUGGAUCGCGUUGUUGCAACUGGAGGAGAGUCACGAGAACGAUAGCAGCAGUUUGAGCAGCGUAUGGACGACGAGUCCCGAGAAGAGGGAGACGAGGGGGACGUGUAUCUGCAACGUGAAGAUCGUCGGCAGGGUGGUGGAGCAGGGCGACAGGUAUCGGCACAAAUUUGCACGCGUCAACAUCAAGGGGGAGACCGUCGAGAACGGCACGUUCGGCGGCGCGUUCGCCGAGGAUAAUUAUGUUAUUGUUAGCACGGAUGCACGAGUUAAUAUAGCCGCCGGGCAUAUAAUGUACGUUUCGCAUGACGUCGUCGCGGUCCUGCUGGACAAGGAUAUUACGCGACUUUACCCAAAUUCCACGUUCCACAUUGACAAAUACCCCUCCACGGGUCUGGCGACGUUCAAUUACGCGAACGUGGCCGGUCUGUUGAGCAACGACGAGACGAGCGUCAAGCUUCGACGCGUCGUCAUCGACAGGAGGCCGGCGACGUUCGUGGAAAAACUGCCGCGCUCGACGGUGUCGGCUGGCGCCCGGAUAAUAAGCGAUCUGAACGAGAAUCAGCAGAGAGCGGUGCUGAAGGCGGUGGCCGCCCACGACUACGUUCUGAUAAAGGGUAUGCCGGGCACCGGGAAAACGCAGACGCUGGUCGCGUUGAUAGAGCUGCUGCUGGAGCUGGGCUCCAGCGUGCUGAUCACCGCGCACACGCACAGCGCGGUGGACAACGUUCUUCUCAAGCUGCUGGAACGGGACAUCGACUUUCUGCGUCUCGGCUCGACGAAGCAGAUCCAUCCCCUGUUGACGUGCAAGAGCGAGGAGUACGCGAUCGCGAGCUGCGACACGCCGGAGGACCUGGAGACGCUCUACAACGGCAAACGGAUCGUCGGGGUGACCUGCUACGGCGCUUAUCACGCGCUCCUCCGCAGGCGCACCUUCGACGUGUGCGUCGUCGACGAGAGCGCGCAAAUCAUGCAGCCCACGGUGCUGCGGCCGUUGUACAGCGCGCGCAAGUUCGUCCUCGUCGGCGACCCGGAUCAGCUGCCGCCCGUCGUCAAGAGCCGAACCGCCGCGAGCCUCGGCGCGGACGAGUCCCUGUUCGUCAGGCUGGACGGCGACGACAGCACCGUCAAUCUGUGGAGGCAGUACAGGAUGAACGGGAGGAUCAUGAGGCUGGCCAACGACGCGACGUAUCGCGGCAAGCUGGUGUCGGGCAGCAGGCAGGUGGAGAACGCGACUUUGACGGGCACGAACAUGGAGCGAGUGCUCGCGUCCUGCGAGAGGUGGAUAAGAAGCGCGCUCUCCGGCAGCUUGGACGACUCGGUGGUGCUGCUCGAUACCGGCCGCACUUACAAAUUGAACGAGGAGUCCGUCGACGGAAACGUCACGUCGGAUCAGGCGUACUCCAACAUCUGGGAGGUCGCCAUUACGUCGCGUCUCGUCCAGGUGCUCACCGAGGCGGGCGUGUGCGCUAGAAACAUAGGAAUCAUCGCACCUUACAACGCUCAUAUAAAUUUAUUGAGAAAGAUCAUAGACAAGGAAGUGGAAGUGAACACCGUGGACCAGUAUCAAGGGCGCGACAAGGACGUUAUACUGUACUCGUGCACGAAGAGUGUCGAAUGCGAUAAAAAGAAGCAAUUCGAGAUAUUGGACGAUCAGCGACGUCUGACGGUAGCGAUUACUCGCGCGAGGCACAAGCUGAUAAUAAUCGCUGAUAAAGUCACGUUACUGAGAUACACGCCGUUUAAAAGUCUGUUUGACGUCAUCGACGAGAAGAACGUGAUAAAUCUGCGCGACGGCGAGGAAGACUUCAGCUGGAAAAAACUCAUUCGUAGAAUUGACACUCGCGACAAAGAAUUCAAAGAAUUCUAAUCGAAUGACAAUGAAAAAGACUGCUAAAAAUGAAAUAAUACUCAAGUUUUGUUAUGUUUUAUAAAGUAGCAUUACGCUUGCAUCGAAUAUACAAUCGACGAGUCUUGCGAUAUAUGUGAUAUAAGUAUGUACGGGAUUUUGUACAAGAAUAUAUUUAUUUUCAAUUUAAUAUAUA